UCUAUCGUCGGAGACGAAGCUCGAUCCACUCGUACAUCCACUAAAGUCGCGUCCGUUUAGAUAGUCUAGACACAUGAUGCGGAUCGUUAUGGCGUCCGUGGCAUCUUGGAACAACAGCAGUGAGCGAGAAGCAUAAACAUCGUCAUCGUCAACGUGAGUGGCCGUCUACCUUCCACCAUCCCUUCGGCGUUUGUCAACGUGUGGAAAACAUUCUCGCAGAGAUCGCGGUUUUCUGAAGUCGCCAAGAUCGCGGAGCGCGCAGAUCUUCUUCUUCCGCCACACGAACACAUGCUCUCGCAGCAGAAGAAGAGCACGCGCGCGUUCCUACUCAGCCGACCGACGUAGUAGCUGAAGCAAUAGUAGUAGUGGUGGUGGUGGUAGUUCUCCAGGCCACCAGAGACUAAAAAUAGUACAAUACGGCCUGGAUUUUUGGGAGAUGUCAAAGUAGCUCAGCGCGGCUCGGUGUUCGGUUGCCCAGCGGUACUAGCCUGCAUUGGCACUUUUUUCGGCCGAUCUAUUUAUUGCAGAACGUGGUGAUCGUCGCGACGGACCGUCAUCUCUUGUUACGCCAACUAGUCGGAGAAAUUGUUCAAUUGUUCCGUUUGGAGACAAGGGCAGUCAUCAAAAUCAGCUGCGCAUCGCUUCGACAGGAUCCCUCGACCAAAGCCUGACCUGAAACCGAUCGCAGUAAUUCAAGCAGCAUGGACACGCAAACGCACGGCGGUGGAACGGUCAAUGGGGGUGGUAGCAGUCCUCAGCAGUUUUGCCUUCGAUGGCAUAAUCACCAGGCGAGUUUACUAAGCUCACUUCCACUUCUAUUGGAUCAAUCCCAUCUCACCGAUGUAACGCUAAUAGCAGAAGGACGCAACAUUAAAGCACACCGAGUGGUACUCAGUGCAUGCAGUACAUUCUUUUCGGAACUGUUCCGAACCUUGGAUGGCCCUCUGUAUCCAGUUGUAGUCCUGCCAGGGGCCUCUUUUCACUCAGUUGUAGCGCUUCUCACUUUCAUGUACUCCGGAGAGGUUAACGUCUAUGAGGAACAAAUCUCUACCCUACUCUCGCUGGCCGAGACUUUGGGUAUCAAAGGAUUAGCGGAUUUCAGUGGAAAUUCACAAAAAUCCAGCACUCCAACGACUGAAGCUUCUUCACGGGAGUCGGAAAUUCCAUCGCCCUAUCAAGGCAUCAAAAUGGAAUCCCCAGGCGAUUCCUACUUUCCACGACCGUUCAAUUUCCAUUCGCCACUUUUCCCACAAGCACUCAACCUGGCGACACAUAACAACAGCAAUAGCAACAACAACAGCUCGAGUAAAUCGACAGACCCAUUCUCACGAUUUCUUCCGCAGAAGUGUGAUAUGAUGCCAAACGAAGCGCUAUGGAAGAUGAAUGAGGAAGGUGAAUCUAUAAAUAGAGACAACAAAAAUGGCAGCAAUAACGGUCCCAGCAGCAAUAGCUUAGAAGAUCGACAAUCUGUCAAUGCUAAUAAUAAGAACAACAGUGCCAGCAACAUCAGCACCGGCCAGGGCAUCGAGAAGUCCAAUGUGACAAAAAACGACACAGAAUCCGCUGCCACUAGUGGAGAUCCUAAAUUUAAUCUCGAUAGCACCCAUCUUCACCAAGCGCAGCAUCAACAGCAGCACGACUCCGCACCAUCCACGCCUUCCAGCAAUCCGGACGAGCAACGCUCGCUGUCCCUAAACACUUGUUCUGUCAAGAGAUCCACAAGUCAGGAAAGCAAACGAAAGAAAAUCGACAAAAUUGCAGAGAAUCUCCGAACACAAACAACCGCGACGGCAGCCGCUGCCGCCGCCGCUGCAGCUGCCGCAGCAUCCUUCAACAAGCAUUUGUUGCAAUCCUUGAAAUUCCCACCGAGCUCGCAGUCACUCUCGCAGCUACACUUUUUCAGCAAACCUCCCACCGUCACCCCUGUGAGCCAACAACAGCCGUCCUUUCUCGCACACCAUUUCCUAACGAACGAGUCUGCAUCGAAGACACCGGAAAACCUUAUCCUACCUGAUCCGGCCCACCCAAGUCCCGGUGGAACAGGUUUACUUAUGAACCAUGGUGGCACAAUGUCGCCAAUUUCAUCAUCAGCAUGCUCCACGGCCACGACAAUUACCCCUUCCAUGGCGAUGGACAUCGUGGGGGCUUCGUCGCUCAGUGCUGCCAACAAUAUGCUGAAGGCGGCUGCCGCUGCCGGCCAUCACAUGGGUACCGGUGGAACACCACCGCAGAAGCCACCCACCAAGCUGUACGCCACGUGCUUCAUCUGCAACAAACAACUCAGUAAUCAGUACAAUCUGCGGGUGCACUUGGAGACGCAUCAGAAUGUCAGGUAUGCAUGUACCGUUUGUUCGCACGUAUCCCGCAGCAAGGAUGCCCUGAGGAAACACGUAUCCUAUCGACACCCUGGAACGCCUAGCCCAUGCGAUCCGGACACCAAACGGAAGCGUUCGAAAGCUAAUCUUGGCCAGAUGAUCAAGCAGGAAAUGCUCAACGACCAAAACCCGAUGAGUCACUUGAUUAAGCAGGAGUUCCUAUCCGAACAAUCGAAUCAAUUACAUCAACAGCAACAGCAACAGCAACAACAGCAGCAACACCACACCAAUCAGCUUCUAGCCAAUUUGACUUCCCAGGGCAAUUCGAUCGUAUCGAUUCCUACCUUCCUUCAACAGGCUGCUUCCAUGCAGUCUGCAUUUGCCCCCAAAUCUCUACUAUUCAAUGCGGCUUCGAUCCCAACAUCCCUGGCCUCUUCCCUGACAACGGCUCAAAUGUCCGACGUCUUGAACCAGCCAAAGGAUCUCAGCCAUCCGAUAUCUCUGCCGGAAAGUGCUAACGGAUCACCUUCACCAACCAUCGCUGAAUGUGCCAAAGCGAACAACGGAUCUUCGGAAAGCAUGGACCAAGGUCAACCGACAGCUGCGGAAGAACCUGGUCCAACCGCAGGAUCUGCGCCAUAAUAACACUAGUCACGUUCUAUAAUGAGAUUCUUAGCGAUUAAGUAGAAGCGACAUAAUGCAGAACCACAUUUAUAAAAGACAUUAAUUUAACAUAAGUAAUUAAGUUAUUUACACUGAAAAAACAGAUAGUCAAAUCCCUGAUAAAAACAUUUUUGUUUUUUGAUUUCUCUCUGAUUUUUGUAUCUACUUCCCUAGCUGUGAUAGUCGAUCAAUUGAAUAGACUUUUCUGAACAACAACUUCAAAGCAGUUACAUCCCAGUUCCCAUAAUCGAUUUUCCAUUAUAAUUUUUUUAUAUUCUUUAAUAUUUCCUGUCAAAAUUUUGGUCUACCUCAAACAUUUUUGGAAAACCACAAACUCUUCCUAACCACCCCCUAUAACUAUAACUUAGUAUAUCAAGAAAAUACCUGUUCUAGACAAACCUGUAAAAGACACUCAAACAAACUGUCCCCAUUUUUUCGACUAAGCGAAUUGUGCCUUGAUUGAAAUUGUAUGAUCUUUGUGCAUCAGUGCCUUUCUCACGAGUAACGUUAAUAAAAGAGUUAUUCUAUAUGAUAAUAAAAAAACACAUUAAACUAAGGUAAAUGGAUUAAAUGUAAUUUAAAAGAGAUGUGAAACAUGAAAAAGACAAUACUAAGUAGGAACAUUUGAGUCAUCAUUUUUAGUUGUUUCUUUAAUUUUUAAGUAAUUUAUUAUAAUGACAAUUUUUAAAAGUGCUGAAGAACGAUUGACAAUGAUUGGAGAAUUAAAGAAAUGAUAAUGUUACCACCACACUGUUUCUAUUGUUCGUUAGUGAAACUAACCAAUUGAAUGCAAUAUUUUUUUUUAUAUAUUUUAUUAUUACGACACAUUUACUUAAAUGUGCAAUAUUACUCAAACGGUUAACUCUUAGUAGGGAAUGUUUUGUUUUCUUAGAACCUUUGUAAUUUGAAUAAAUCACAAAAUAUUUGCAAUAAUAAACAUAAUGAUGAGAUUUGCCAUUUUAA